GACGGAAUGAACAUUUUCGACAUUGUUGUCCCAAAAUAUAUUUGUUUUUGCAGAAGCAAUGACAUAAUUUUUGUAAUUUCCUAUUAGUAAUGUCGUUGUUGGUAGAAAAAUAUUAUUAUUUGGUUCAAAUACGCUUAAACAUUUCUUUGUGAAAUUAUUUAAAUAUAUACAUUUUAAAAAGAGCAAGCCAGCUUAUUUUCACGAUACCUGGGAAGUAUUUUUGUUGUGUUGUAUUACAUGAAAUGUUCGUAUAAUUCUUUUUUGUCUGCGUGAAGUCGCAGUAAACUUCCUAAAUUCCACGUGGGAUUAUUUUAGUCUUUGAAGUUAGAUUUACUUUUUAAAAAUUUCUUUUAUGUUGUAUCAUGUACAGUUAAUGCAUUUCACGAGCGCGCGUCAAUAGUUGUAAUUUAAGCCUUAUGUGAAUGUAAAUAAAAGUCACAUGACGCGCGCUGGUGAUAUAUAUUUUUGUUUUGAUUUCUUAUUCAUUUAUUUUUAGGUUAUUUACAAUAAUGCAAGGACGUGGUAGAAAGUUGGUCAAUUUAGUAAUGGAUAGACACGAACCAUCAUCUAUUGACACAAUGACGUAUUUAAAUAAUGUCAAUAUUGUUGGUGUUGCUGAUCAGAGUGGGAAUGGUACGUGUAAAAUAGGCAGACAACUAGACUGUUUUUUAUUUUGGUUUUGUUUUGCUAUAAUUUAUUAAUUUUCUUUUAGCCAAUAGAAAUGAACAAGUUGAGAGUAUUUAUCCUGACUUGCCAAGUUUGCAAAACUCUCCGUAUCACAAUGAAGAUAUUUCAAGCAUUUUUAAUAACGUCGCAGAGUAUGACACAAGUAAACACGAAUCAGAAACCUUCGAAUUCCAACCUCUUCGUGAUCUUAAGAAAUCUACAUCAACUUUAUCCUCAUCUAGCUCUGAUUCUGAAGACUCGACUGCCAGUAAGUUGAUUUUGACACAAGGGAACGUUUCCACAUUAGAACAAGAUAACUAUGUCGUUCCUCUUGUGUCUGAAUUCCAGCUCCAUUUACCAGCCAAUAAUAACUCGCAACCAGAAAUAUCUGAAUUAGUUUUACCAAAAUCCAUCGAAAAUAGUGCAAAUGUAGAUGGCAAAUAUUUAAAAUCAGACUGUGAAGAUUUUUCACCAGAUGACAGUGGUGAUGAAUAUCAGCCAGCAAAACGCACUCGCAAAAUGUCUUCAUCUAGUUCAAGCAGUUCCUCUUCAUCGUCAUCAAGCUCAUCAUCAAGCAGGUCCACUUCUUUUCACUCUACUACACGCAGGUCCAACUUAAUGCAAUCUGGCGAGACUCUCGAGGUUAUAUCACAGCAAAAUAAUCAUUCCAGUAACAAUGUGAUGCCAAAUGAUGGAUCACCCCAAAAUACAGAUAAUAUUGUUCAAUCUCCUAAUAAAAAUAAAAAGAAAAGGGUGAGGAAUGAGGCUCAGUGGAAGAAAAAUAAAACAAAACAAUUAAAAAAUUUGGGUAAACAAUAUACAUCUCGCACUGGUAAAACUGUUCCUGCCAAAGCAAUGAAGCCGCUUUGUUCAGACAAGUGUCGAUAUUUGUGCUCGAACAAAUUUUCAGAGGAGCAGAGGCGUGAAAUAUUUAAUAUGUAUUGGGCUUUAUCAUCAUUUCAGAGACAACGUGAUUUUCUUAAUUCUGUAGUUAUGGUAUUCCUACCAGCCGUGCGUCGUAUCAGAACAACGACAAAGAAUAGAAAACCUAACACAUACUAUUCCCUAGUCAACAAUGGGCAAAAUGUGAGAGUUUGCAAAACUUUCUUACUAAACACAUUGGGAAUUGCGGAUAGAACUUUACGCACUGUGAUCGAGGCUAAAACAAGUGAAGGCUUUCUAGGCAGUGCACCAAUGGACAGUCGUGGCAAGCAUGAUCAUCAUAUUAAAACUGAUCCAGAAGUCUUGGACUCCGUUAGAGUUCAUAUAAACUCCAUAGCUAGGAUUGACAGUCAUUAUCUCCGUGCAAACACGAGUCGAGAAUACAUUGACGGUGGUCUCACACUAGCUGAUUUACAUCGUGACUACAAAAACAUGAGGGAAUCCGAUAAGAAAACUGCUGCAAACUAUGAUUUAUACUACCGAAUAUUUACUAAACAGUUUAACAUUUCUUUUUUCAUCCCCAAGAAAGAUCAGUGCGAUCUAUGUGAAUCUCGUAAAAAUGCAGUUGACGGUGAUGAAGUGUUAGAAAAUCAAUAUUUGGAACACCUGCGCCAAAAAGAACUCAGUCGAGCUGAAAAAAAGAAUGACAUUGAGACUUGUAAAAUGGCUGAAAGCAAUAGCAUUGUAGCUAUAUUUGAUUUACAAGCUGUGAUGCCUGUACCGAUUGGAGAAUCAUCAGCUUUCUUUUAUAAGUCUAAAUUAAAUUGUCUGAAUUUAACUGUAAGUUACUCUUGACUUUUUUAUUUCAUAAACUACAAUUUUAUUUCUUAAUACAAUAAAUUUCUAUUAAUUUUUUAGAUCACUGAUAUAAAAAACAAGGAGACGAUUUGUUACUUCUGGCAUGAGGCUUUAGGAGGUCGGGGUGCAGUUGAGAUCGGUUCCUGUGUCUACAAAUUCCUGCAAAAAGUAUCUGAUAAAUAUCCUAAUUCUGACGUUACGUUUUAUACCGAUAACUGCUGUGGACAGCAGAAGAACAGAUUCAUUUUCUCAAUGUAUCUGUAUGCCGUCAAAAAAUUACGAAUCAAAACCAUCACUCAUAAAUUUUUGAUCCGCGGGCAUACCCAAAAUGAAGGAGACACAGCGCACUCGUUAAUAGAAAAAGCUAUUAAAAAAUCUAAAAAGUCUGGGCCCAUAUACGUGCCAGAGCAGUACGUUCAAAUCAUAAGGUCUGCAAAAAAAAAUGGCAAUCCAUUUAUUGUAGAAGAGUUAAACUAUGACGAUUUCUAUGAUCUCAAAAACUUAGCGGAAGAAAUUGCACUAAACACCGCAAAAGACGUACAUGGAAACACCAUUAAAACGAAUGAUAUAAAAAUGAUUAAAUUUCAAAAGGAAAAUGGAACAUAUAAAUUUAAAACUGGAUACGAGGAAGACUGGACAGAAGCCGUUACAAAAAUCUCCAGACGAAAUAAGGGAGACACAAAAGAUAUAAUAGAUUUAACACUAAAGCCAGCGUAUCGUGGAAAAAUACCUAUUGCUCAAAAUAAGAAAAGUGACUUACAAGAACUAAUGCAAAAAAAUAUCAUACCAAGGUUUUAUUGCAGUUUUUACGACAAUGUUUUAAACAUUUAAAUGGUAUCUACUUGGUCAAAUUAAGCUAGGUACGUUAAAUUUAAUAUUUUGUAAAAGUAGGCCUAACGAAGCUGUGAUUGUCGUGCCUUUUGAUUCUUUAAGUGAAAAUUAUCUAUUAUAUAAGUUUAAGUUCCUCAAAUAUUACAAAUUUUAUUCGAAAUAAAUGGAUAAUAGUUUGAUUACUUU